AUGCGACUCUGCGGCGAACUGGCCCCAGGCCAUGGCGACGACCAACAACGGCAUCCCGCCCCGGUCGCCGAUGCGUGGGGAACGCCUUCCAGCAGCUUGUGCGCUUCGAGGUCGUCAAACACGUUGGCACUGGUGGACCAGAGCUUGGUGCUAUACGCGCCUGAGGCAAGCCACGAGGACGACGACACCAGCAACAUUGUGGAGGAGGUCGUCCAGACGAAGCGCGACAUCAAUCACCUCUUGGAGGAUGUCAAGCUGUACCGGCAGCGAUUGGCCCGUGUCCAGAGAGACGCGCAGAGCAAGGUUCGCUGGACACGUAUGCUGGAGACGGAGUGGUCGCUCCGAGGAGGCCAUGAAUCUGCUCGCGCGAGUUUGCUCAAGGCUUUCCUCGAGCGCGCGGAGGUCGAGCUGUGCAAGACCAAGGGGCUCUUGGCCGAGCAGGCCGACGAGCGCGCGCGCCAGGACCACGAGGAGCUGAGGUGCCUGGAGGAGAGCGAGGCCCAGUCGCUGCGGCUGUGGGAGGACCGCAUGCACACUGACGAGUCCGAGAGCGCACGGCUGUCGCGGCUACUGCGCAG